GCAGCCGUGGCGUUCGUCGCCAGAAAACAACUUCUGUGUGCUAGUGUUCCUCUACCUCCAGUCCUUCCUCCGAGAGAGCUAGCUAGGGUCGUCCCAACAAACGCCCGGCCGGCAGAGCCUCUCGCGUCGCCGGCGGGCGUAGGUAGGAUCGACCUAUGGGCUGCGCGUCCUCGUCGUCGCUGUUUCCAUUGCCAUUGCCGUCGCGGUCGCCGUCGCCGUCGAAGCGUGAGCAGCGCUCAGGGGUACGAGGAGCCCACCGUCCUCGCAGCCGAGACCUCAUUCACGGUGAAGGAGGUGGAGGCGCUCUACGAGCUCUACAAGAAGCUCAGCUUCUCCAUCUUCAAAGACGGCCUCAUCCAUAAGGAGGAGUUCCGGCUCGCACUGUUCAGGAACAGCAAACGAGAAAACCUCUUCGCAGACAGGGUGUUCGACCUCUUCGACCUCAAGCGCAACGGGGUGAUCGAGUUCGGCGAGUUCGUGCGGUCGCUCAGCAUCUUCCACCCCAAAGCACCUGAAGCGGACAAGACCGCGUUUGCAUUCAAACUGUACGAUUUAAGGGGCACAGGCUGCAUCGAAAAAGAAGAGCUUAGGGAGAUGGUCGUGGCACUGCUCGACGAGUCGGACCUACGUCUCUCGGAUAGUGCUGUCGACGAGAUCGUCGACAAUACGUUCAGUCAAGCAGACUCCAAUGGUGAUGGCAGGAUAGACCCCAAGGAGUGGAAGGAGUUUGUCAAGAAGAACCCGGCAUCGCUCAGGAACAUGUCACUACCCUAUCUCCAGGACAUUACGACAUCGUUCCCGAGCUUUGUGAUGCAUUUGAAAGUCGAAGAUUACAAUGGAGUCGGCAAAUAACCAGGCACAACCUUCCUAACCUGAAGCAUGGAGAGGUUGUCUGAACAACGAGUAGUGUGAUUGCGUCCAGGAGGAGGGAGGGACCCCAACCCCAGCUGAAACCCAUUGUCUUAAUUACUACUCUCUCCGUAUCUAAAUACAAGUCUUUUAAGAUAUUUCACUAAGUCUACAUACGAAGCAAAAUGAAUGAAUCUAUACUCUAAAGUAUGUCUAUAUACAUUCGUAUGUAGUCCAUUAGUUGAACCUCUAGAAAGACUUAUAUUUAGAAACAGAGAGAGUAUCAUGCAUGACACAUUUUAUAUAA